CGCCACAACCUCCCCCCAUGCCUGGGAUGCCGGACACGGCGAGGAUUCCGCCGUGGCUCAAGGCCAAGAAGAAAUACGACAAGAGGCGGGCGACCCGGCCUGUCAGGUGGCAGAUGAUCGCCCCCAGCGCCAUGGAGAGGAGGAGUGUGUGGAGCAGAGCCGACGAGGCACGAUUCGACAGCCCCCAGUUCCAGGCACAGCUCCUGCGGGCAUUCGCGGCUAAGCAGCCCAGGGCCGGAGGGUCAACCGGAGCGACGUCUCUGCCAACUCCCACGUCCCCCGCUGAGGCCUCCUCGGUCUUCAGUAAAGACGUCUUGCAGAAUUUUGACAUCUUGACAAAGUCGGCGAAGGUGUCGUACGAUGAGAUCGCGAGGGCCACCCUGACGGGAGACAUGGCCUCUCUCUCCCACAUCAAAAGCAUCAAGGGCCUGCUCGCAUCGCUGCAGAAGAUAAACGAGGAGGAGGAGCUGGCGCUGAGAGAGAGGCAAGGCCAGGGGGCCCCCCUGCAGCCCCCCGAGUUGUUCUACUUGCAGCUCGUGGACGAGGGCCACCUGUCGGAGCGCCUGCGCUGCCUGCUCUUCCACUUCACCCGCGCCGAGGUGCUCGACCAGGCUCGGAAAGAGCAGGAGGUCGUGCUCGCGGCCCUGAGCGCGGUCGUCUCCAGCCAAGGCCUGACCCAGCUGACCCAGCUGCUCCUCUUCAUCCUCAACUUCCUGAACGAGGGCCCCACCUCGUCGCCUGCCUAUGGAUUCAACCUCUGCGACAUCGACAAGAUCAACUCCGUGAGGAUGACGGAUCCCGCUGAGGGCGGCACCCUCCUGGACCUGGUGGUCAGAGAAUGCCAGAAAUCCCACCCCGACAUCCUCAACGUCAUCACGGAGCUCGAGCCUGUUGACAAAGCCACAGGAGCCGACGAGAAGAAUCGGAAAUCGGCGAUCCAGUCUUUCCGGGCGGAAAUCACGAAACUGGAAUGCGACCUUGACUCGUUGCCGGACGCCGAGCCCCACCGGGCGUUCUCCAAAACGAUGCUCCCGCUGCUUCAGGAGUGGACGCAGAAGGUGGAGCUGCUGGAGAGGGGCGAGGGCGAGAUCGGGGCCGAGUGGGAGAGGCUGAGGGUGAAGUUCAGCCUGAAGGGAGAGACGCCCAAGCCGCUCCUCUCCAGCCUCGCCACGUUCCGCGGGGACUUCAAGAAAGUCAUGGACAAAAACAAGCGUCCGGGCUCGCGGAAGAAGAAAAAUGAAUCGGCGUGUUGAGAGCCGCGGCGUUUCCCUACGUGGAGACCGCGCCGGGUGGGGGGGGGGGGGUCAUGGUCGCGGUGGAGAGGUCAAGAGG